AUGCGUACAGACAGCUCCCCGCGCGGACCCUCGUCCAUGGAUGCCUCCUUGGAGGGGAAUCCGUUGGAGGAGGCGACUUCACGGAAAAGUGCUCCACAGAAGAAACGGCGUCUCGAUAAUGGGAAGGGGACUUCUGCGUCUUCUUCGUUGUCUGCGUCUUCUUCCCUAACUGCUCCGUCUUUGCUUGCCACCCAGCGGAAGAAACGCGAACCAGGAAUUGUGUAUAUCUCACGAAUUCCUCCUCGGAUGAACCGUGCAGCGCUUCGUCGCUACUUUGAUCGCUUCGGCCAGCUGGGGCGACUCCACAUACAGGACGACGGCGCCGGGGAUCAGCGCCGCAAUCGCCGUUCGCCUUCUUCUCAGUCGAAAUCCGCAUCCUCUGCUGUCGCGACAGAGGGCUGGCUAGAGUUUCUCGAUAAGCGUGUGGCCCGUCGUGUGGCGGGCUUUUUGAAUGGGCAGCCGAUCGGAGGAACGAAGCGAAAGAGCCGGUGGCGAGAAGAUCUCUGGUGUCUGACGUACCUCAAAGGCUUUUCAUGGCAACAGCUCAUCGAGGAGAAAGUGUACAAACGUCGCGUUCGCGAAGCUCGACUUAAUGCCGCGCUCAACGAGGUGAAGCGCCAGAACUCGCUGUACCUGGAGUUAGUCGACGAGCAAAAGAGAUUCUUGAAAAUGGAAGAGAAACGGGCCGGCAAAAGGAAAGACCGGGAAGAUAAGGAAGACCUCGGUGAGGCUGAGAGUCACUCUUUGGACGGCGAAAAUGAAGCCACAGAGGGAAGAGAAGAAAAGGGAAAGCAGCUGAAGAAGAAAACGCCUCGUGGGCACAAUCCAGAAAAACGAACGGCUCAUCCACAAGCUUCACUUAAAACCGGCGGUGUCUUGGGAAAGGCAAAAGAUGGCCCCUCUGGCCGAAACUCAGGCGGCACGAAAGAGUCUAUGGCGAGAGGAGAGCGGGCACAGGUACCAAAAACUGGAACCCGGGCCAUUAGCGAUGCUGUUCUUGAUCAGUUCGUUAUGUGA